AUGAUAUUUAGAAGCUUAUUACUUUUGAAAUAUAUAUAUUUCAUAAUUUUUGUUGCUGCCAAAGAAGUUUAUAAAGAUGGUACUUACGACCAAGUACGAAAUUUGAAGUUUGGUGAAACACCUGUUCACUCGUAUACUUUUGCCAAUAUUAAACAAUUUCAGUAUUCAAAGUUUUGGCUGUCGCUUGCUGCAAAAUCCGCGCUGCAUACCAAACAUAAGAAUGCAAAUACUUUUGAUGUGACUGUGCAUAUAAACGAGACUAACACAACGUUGAUACCAAUCUGGCAAGAAUUAGACAGUUUAAGAAAGAAGAGUGGGGAAGUAGUACAGUUUUAUGAAUUUGACCCCGGCGUUGAGUCUUUGGAAUCGUUUUCAACCAUUAUACCAGUUUCCGGGUGUUUCACCAUGCGGCGCAAUAGUUAUCAGACAUUUGGUAAUGAAAGUGGAGUAAAACUUGCAAAUGUGGAGGCCGGUAAGGAAGGACAAAAAGGUAGAGAAGAAGAAGGAAAAGAAGAAGGAAAAGAAGAAGGAGAAGAAGGAGAAGAAGGAGAAGAUGGAGAAGAAGGAGAAGAUGGAGAAGAAGGAGAAGAUGGAGAAGAUGGAGAAGAAGAUGGAGACGAAGGAAAAGAAGAAGGAGAAGAUGAAGGAGAAGAAGAAAGAGAAGAAGAGAGAAAAGGAGUUGAAGAAAGUGAAAGUGAUGAUGAAGAGAUUGACACGCCAAGCGCGUGUAGUAUUUCCCACAUUGAGGCCAGGGAAAUCACACUUGAUCUGCUGUUUGGACUUGCCUUUAGUCUAAAGUUGCUCACAGCAACCCUCGGCUUUGACUUUGGCAUUGAUGGACUUGGUGUUAGUUUUGUAUUAAGCAACACCGUGACAUGUCGAAGUGGUCCUGGUAAACUAACGACCGGGAAUGGGACAGAUUGGACGAGUGAAAUCAUUCAAAUCCAAAAACGGUUACGAUUUGUCUCUUUCCCCAACGCUCGAUAUCGAACUGUGGCUUGGCAUAGAGCUAAAGAGGGCUGGCAAAAAGACCUGCGCGCACAAACACCUUGGAGCAAGUUGCACACUUUGUGGAAGUUCCCCAAAAUGGGGUUAUUGUUCUUUAAUUUAAAUGAAAUGAAGUUUGAGAAGCUGUUUUGUGAAAGUCGCAUUGAGCAUUUGCAAUGUCAAGCGCUUCUUAAUAGAAGUUGA